CUGGGCUCUUAUUGUGGAAAGCCUGACCGGACUGGUGUGUGUCUGUGUUUUGUUGUGAGUCGUUCUCCUGUUUUUCCUCCGGAUCUCCUUUAAAGAGAAGCUGCUCAGACAUGGAGGGAACAGGAGAAGACCUGGGUACCUUUGAUCCAAACAUCCCAGAGGAGAGGCCCUCGGCGCCCCCUCCUGGCUGGCUGGAGGACAUACAUGGAUACCAGGGUCACAAAGGAGGAGACGGUACCCCCCUGUACCCCCCGCCGCCCGCCUACAACCCCCAGCCCGAGCAGAACCGGAACACCGUGGUUCCCGACGUCCGCGUCCCCUCGGUGUCCGAGGACGAAGCUCGGGAUGCCCUGCUCAAGUUCGUGGAAUCAAAGUGGCGGUACAGCGCCAAACCCGCCAGGAACCUCACCUUCAAGGAGCUCAGACCCGCCACGGUGUACCGGUACCGGCUGGAGACCUUCACCGAGACCCGGACCAGCGGCUGGCACUUCGAGCCCUACAACAACCAGCUGGUGGACGGUCCUCAGUACGGGGUCAGUCCUCUGCCGUGGGACAUCCCUGUGGUCCUGCCCCCCCGCUUCACCGACCAGGUGCAGAAGAUCCGGGUGCCACACUCCUCAGUGAUGAAGCCGUGUCACGUGUGCUGCGGGAUUGGACGGACUCGCUGCUCCGCCUGUUUUGGACGAGGCCAGAAGCGCUGCACGUUCUGCCAUGGUCACGGCCGCUCCAGGAACAAGAGGUGCACGUCCUGCCAGGGCCGAGGACACCGGAGGUGUCUGUCCUGUCACGGUCACGGCCACAAGACGUGCAAGGUCUGCCACGGCGUGGGGAACCUGCUGCACUUCAUCCAGCUCACCGUCACAUGGACCAACAACGUGGCCGUCUUCAUUCCCGACCGGCAGCCCGACUUCCCGGAUGAGAAGUUCCAGCAGGUGUCUGGAGACGCUUUCUUCGUGGACGAGAGCGUGCUGGUUUAUCCCAUCCAAGGCUUUCCCGAUCAGGAGAUCUGUGAUGUUUCUACCAGGCUGAUCAACGAGCAUCUGAACCGCUUCUCCUCCACCAGCCGCAUCCUGCAGCAGCGCCAGACCAUCGAGCUGGUGCCGCUCACCCACGCCCACUACGCCUACAACGGGAAGGACUACAGCUUCUUCAUCUACGGCACGGAGAACAAAGUGUUUACAGUCAAAUACCCGUCGUCCUGCUGCGUCCUGUAGCCCGGCUAACACACAACCUCUCACUAAAUCCACAUUUACUCAGCUAUUUAGCUUUAUUAUCGAUACUGCGUCAAUCCUCGUCCUCUCGGUCGGCGGUUCGAUCCCCGACCGAAGAAGCCCGAUCACCUGCCCAGGUGAGCGGUCACACAGUCACUGCUUCACUCCAGACCCCACGGCCUCUUCGGUCAGAGGUCAGAGGUCAGAGGAAAUGUGGAGUCACCAGGAGUCACGUCCUCGUCAUGAUCACCGCCGUCUGUUUGUUUGAAAUAUGAGGAAAUGUUUCAUGAAGGAAAGAGUUGAAGAAGACCUCGAUUCUGAUGGUUUGGAGCAUUUUGAUGGAAUUUUUACAACAGUAAAGAAUUAUUGAGAAUCAUUUCAUUCUCAUAAAGAGAAAAAACAUUUCAAUCCGGCAUUGUUGAAUCCAGAGUGUCUCGAUGAAUGCGUCCAUUUGUAACUGGGCGUGGCCUGUACAUGUCUGAGCGGGCGUGUCUUGUUUGUGUGUGGGCGUGUCUUGUUUGUGUGUGGGCGUGUCUUGUUUGUGUGUGGGCGUGUCCUGUCGGUGAGUCAGCGUGAUACAUUUGUGAACAAGCGUGUAGCAUCGGUGUUUACAGUGGGCGUGUCCUAUUUGAGUGUUUGCUCUCUUUGUGUUUGUGUGGGCGUGGCUUGCUGGUGUGUGGGCGUGUCCUGUUUGUGUGGGCAUGUCCUUCAGAUAUGUGGGCGUGUCCUUUUGUCUAAUGGGCAUGUCUUCCUGUUGUGUGGGCGUGUCCUGCGGGUGUGUGGGCGUGUCCUGCGGGUGUGUGGGCGUGUCCUGUGUAUGUGCUCCUGCCAGCACGUGGACCGGACCAUGGCGGGGUCCGCAGCCUUCCUGGAGGUCUUCUGGGACGGGACAGAGGAAUGCAGCAGCUGACUAGAGCUGCAGACCGAGCGGCUCCUGUAGGACUUCCUGCCGAUAAACCAGAUCCUUCCUCCUCCCCCUCCUCCUCCUCCUCGUCCUCCUCCUCCACCUCCUCCUCCUCUUCCUCCUCCUCCUCCUCCUCUUCCUCCUCCUCCACCUCCUCCUCCUCUUCCUCCUCCUCCUCCUCCUCCACC